UAAACUUCAUUUGGAAAAUACAUUUUUGUCAAUUGCGGAAAAUUAUAUUUUAAUACACAUUUCGAUAAUAUCAAAAAUUGUUAUAAAAAAGUUUAGUUCCACAAAAAUAGCAUUUAUGGACGACGAUAAAAGACAAGACAUAAAUUUAAAUGAAAUUUGGAAAGCAUGUCGCAAAAUUCAAGAUGCCAUCUUUCGGUAUGGUUUCAAUAUAUGCGCCGACUUUUGUGAACAUGAUCCAGCUGGCAAAGGUUUAAUAUCGGAAUCUAUUUUUAGUGGUGUAUUGGGAAAAUAUAAAAACAUAAUUGGUUUAUCUGAUUUUGAAUUGCGUGAAGUUACCGACUAUUUUCGCUUACGAGAUGGACGUGUUGUGUAUAGAGAAUUUUGUAAAGUUGUAUGCGCUGAAAAUGAUGAAAAGAAAGUCGAAAAAGAUUUGGCUACGGGCUUAGAAUGCAAUGACCCCUUACAUGUUAACAUAAUAGCACGGCCGGAAGAUCGUCGCCAAUUGUGUUUAAUAUUAAUUAAAAUCGCUCAGGUUUUGAAUUUACCAUUGCUGCCAUAUUUUCAGGACUAUGAAUUGAUCUCUCAAAAUGAGGGCACAGUUACAGUGUCCCACUUUUCUCGUGUGUUACACUUUAUGAAAAUUCCUCUAUCCGAUAAUGAUUUCUUAUUGUUAUUAAAACGCUAUAUGAAGAAUUCUUAUAUGGUCAAUUAUGUGGCAUUUGUAACUCAUAUACAAAAUAUUUUGAACUAUUUAAAGGAAAACAAAUUAACCGAUAAUGCCAUGCAAAUCAUUAAUAAUUUUCCCGGAAAAUUAGUUGAUUUAGAACUACCCAAGCUCCCACCUAUAGAUGGAACCAAAAUGGCUUUAGGAAUUUUCAAGGACAUUUGUAAUCAUUCUAAUGAAAAUAAAAAUAUUUGUGACAUUAUAUUUUGUAUACAGAAGCAAGUGCAUGCAAAACGCAUUCGUAUACAUGAAUUCCUUGAGGGAUUUGACCUGUUACAUACCGGUACCGUGACAAUAAAUCAAUUUGAACGAGCUCUACACAAUAUGGGUGUGGGCAAGUAUUUGACUCAACGGGAAUUUCGUAUAUUGUAUGAACGUUAUUUGGAUCCGGUGGAUACAAAUCGUAUAAAGUGGCGUAGCUUUGAAGAUGAAAUGGAUAGAGUAUUCACUGUUAAAUAUUUGGAAAAGAGUCCUUUGCUAAACGUCGCAUCACCUCCAGCAUAUAUUCAAGAUAUGCCUCGUACAGGUUCUUUGGAUUGGCAACAAGCUACGCCUACAGCACGGGAGUUUUGCGAGGAAGCGCUUCGAAAAAUUCAAAUUCGUAUACGUAAUAGACGUUUAUAUAUGCAUCCAUUCUUUAGGAGUUACGAUAAACUUAAUAGCGGUCAUGUGCGCUGCAAAAUUGCCAAUCAAAUCUUUGUCACAAACGGUAUAUUGUUAUCGAGUGACGAGCUAAAUGCCCUGAUCGAUCGUUAUGGCAAUGAAUUGGGUUUUAAUUACACCAAAUUUCUGGAAGAUGCUGAUCCGGCUGAAUAUUCUAUACCAAAGUUAACAGCAGUUAAUGCUAUACAAGGCGACUGUCUCACAUUCAAAGGUAGUCCUAAAGUCGAUGUGAACAGUGAAGAAGAUAUUAUAAAACUUUUGACCAAUGCUAAACGUCAAGCGGUAACGAAGAGUAUACCAGUCAUUGACUUCCUGCAAGACUACGAUCGCCAUAGGGAAGGAGAAAUACUGGAAGUAGAUUUUCGCCGCGGUAUUGAUAAUGCCAAUAUCAAAUUGUCGUUAGAGGAAAUCGAUACAUUGUGUAAAAUUUUUCGUUCGCCCAAACGUGCUUGUUGUGUCCUAUAUCGUGAUUUUUGUCGUUCUUUAGAUGAAAUCUUUAUACAGCUUGAAACUCAAUCGGGUGACAAUGAGGUCACUGCCGUUCCCCUCAUACAUUUGGCCAAUCUAGACUGUGUGGAGUGCUUCAUGAAUUUUGAGGAACGUACCAUUUGCUCGCAGGCCUUAAUGAAAUUGGCUCGCCAGCCAGAUGAGAUCUCAAAUCUAAGUUCAGUAUUCAAGGAUUUCGAUCGUGAGAAUUGUGGCACCAUACAUAAGAAUCAAUUGAUGCGGGCUUUGACGAUGCGUGAUAUGCACCACAUGAUUAGCAGUCGCGAAUUUGAGGUGAUUUUUAAAUGUUUUGGCGUGCAACGUGGCAUACAUUUGGAGUUUAACUAUCGAGAAUUUUUAAAUAUAUUAAAUGUUCUAUUUCAAACGGGUCAAGUAAAGCGAAAUUAUUAGUUUUAUAAAAAAAUUAUUUUAUAAUUUUCUAUAUGCAAUAAAUUUGCCGGAGCUUUUAAGAAUCUGGUAA